UUCGCCAGACUGGCUCCUGUGUUUACCAUUGUUUUCGCGUUUGUGGAGCGCCUUUUAUCGCUUUUUAUCCCGUGUUGCGAACCUCGUUGCCGUCGUCGUGGUCGCGUGAAACAGCGAAAAAGAGUGAAGCGGAACGAUCGUCCUUCCGUUGCGGGAUAACACAUUCCACUGCGUCACCGUAACCGUGCGAAAGGCAGGCAGGCAGACAGACCGUGUGGUGUCGUCCGAAAUAACAGCGAAGUGUGCGCUGAUCGCCGUCAACGACUUCCCCGCGGACGCGAACGUGUGUAUGUGUGCGCGUGUUGGUGAUAAUAGUAAACGAAACGGUACCGAUAAAAGUGUUGGUAAGAUGAUUGUGUGAUUUUACCCGUGUGUGGGUUUGAACCACAAAGAGGCGAAAAAAAAACACGUGAAUUAACACGCGCGAGAUAGCGCGCGCGGUACGAUUCGAGCAGUUUUGUAGUCCGCGGGCUACAUACAGUCUCCCCAGUCAGCCGCCUGCGGGCACACAAACGGCACAACGGAACGGGUGUGUGUGUUAGUUAGUGGGUAGUGUGGCUAAAGAUUAAAGCAAGCCGUGCAGUGAAAACACCCGCGUAAUAUCGUGACCGCAGAUAGCAGACAGCGCAGACAGCAUCUUCCUCUUCGUGCGCCACAUGGACCGUCUGUGUGUGCGUGUGUGUAGUGUGCAAGAUGAUGAUGAGGCUGGUGAAGUGUGUCCUGCCCGCUACUACUAGUCCCGUCCUACAUUCGGAAGUGUAGACCUCCUGCGAAGCAUACAAAUGUUGCUUUACACCGGGACCAUUCCACCCGCAACAGCUGAUCGACGUCGACGGAUGCACUUUCGCCGCUUGGUAGCGGAGGCGGUUCCAGGUGUGCACAAGGGCGGGAACCGGAGUACUACGGCACGGCUUACCGGAGUCUGAGAGCAGUCAAAAUGACCGAAUCGUUCCCGUCAGCGAUUGGCGGCAUCGGUAUGGCCGCCAUUAAGCAGCACCAGCAACAACAGCAACAACAACAGCAACAGCAACAGCAGCAACAUCAUCAUCACCAUUCCCAUCCCCCCCAUCAUCAGGCCGCCAUGUCGAUCGAGAAGCUGGUGCGCGUGGGAUAUUACGAGCUGGAGAAAACGAUCGGCAAAGGUAACUUUGCCGUGGUGAAGCUGGCCUCCAAUGUCAUCACAAACUCAAAGGUUGCAAUUAAAAUAAUCGAUAAAACGUGUCUGGACGAGGAGAACCUGGCGAAGACGUUCCGCGAAAUAUCGAUACUGAAGGUGUUACAUCAUCCGCACAUUACGCGCCUGUACGAGGUCAUGGAGUCGCGCAACAAGAUCUACCUGGUGACGGAGCAUGCGGCCCAGGGCGAGAUAUUCGAUCAUCUGGUCGCGAACGGGCGCAUGAGGGAGGAGGAAGCGGCCCGCAUCUUUUCGCAGAUUGUGGCCGCGGUCGACUACUGCCACCGGAAGGGGAUCGUGCACCGGGACCUGAAGGCGGAGAACGUGCUGCUCGACACGGAGAUGAACGUGAAGCUGGCCGACUUUGGGUUUAGCAAUACCUUCGUCGAGGGCCAACCGUUGCGGACGUGGUGCGGGUCGCCACCGUACGCGGCGCCCGAAGUGUUCCAGGGCGUCGAGUACGAUGGGCCGAAGUCGGACAUCUGGAGCUUGGGCGUGGUGCUGUACGUGCUCGUGUGCGGUGCCCUCCCGUUCGAUGGCUCGACCCUGCACGAUCUGCGCAGUGUGGUGGUGGCGGGCAAGUUUCGCAUACCGUUCUUCAUGUCGCAGGAAUGUGAGCAGCUGAUACGCCACAUGCUGGUGGUGGAACCGGAACGGCGGUACACGCUAAAGCAGAUUGCUCACCACCGGUGGCUCGAGCAGUACAAUUCCAUUCCGAUGCUGGAAGCGGGUGACUGUGGGAUGAUGGGUGUGGGAGGCGGCACGGUCAUAGGGCAGGUAGCGCCACGUGAGUCGGAAAAUUUGGACACGGUCGUGAUGACGCAUAUGCUGCAGCUGCCCGGACUAACCGCGGACAUGAUUGCGCAGUCGGUGCACGAAAGCCGGUUCGACCAUAUCUACGCCAUCUACAACCUGCUGGUGGACAAGCUGCGGCAGAAGCGGAAGGAGAAGGGCCGGCUGCAGCAUCACGCCAGCCUGGCGUACUCGCGCUCCCGCAAGACCAGUAUUACGACCGGCGUGGUCGAUCGGACCGAGGUCAUCAAGAACGAUUCGCUCGAACGGUUAAGCCCGCUGACGAGCGUCGGCUCAACCAUACUGAACAUAUCAUCCGGUUUGGCCGGAACGGAGGAGCUGGAGAAGUACGAUCUGGAGACGGGCGCAUCGACGGCCACCACACCAACCGCCUGCUCGCCCGGCACGGCCAAAUCGUCGGAAGCGACGACAGCCACCGGCGACCAUUAUCUGUUCCCGCCGAGCUGUGCGAACGGUGCGGGUGGCAAUACGCGGCGGCACACGGUCGGGCCGGGCGAUGUGGCACACGAGCAGGUGCUGGUGAACCCGAACGUCGUGCCGAUCAGCUUCAAGAUCGGUGGCGCCGGACACGAACCCACGGUUCCGCCGACACCGAAAGUACCGAUCAACAUUCCAUCGCUGCAGAACCAACCGGUACACAAUCUAACCAUCAAGGAUCAGCAUCUGCUGAAGCCGCCGACUGUGAUGGGUGCAACAAGCUCCUUUGGACGCCGGGCAUCAGAUGGAGGAGCAAAUCUGCAAAUCUACUAUCCUUCGUCCUCUACUAACUUCCACGAUCAACAUCAUCCACACCAGCAGCAGCAGCAGCAGCAGUCGCAGCAGUCGUCCCAUCAACAGCAGUCGCAGCAAUCGCAAACACAGCAAGCCGUGGACGGGUCGGUUCCUGCCUCCCUUGGACCGCUCGGUGGUGGUGUAAACAGUUCCGCCAUGAUCAUGGACCACGUGAUGCUACAGACGCCCAACAGUGAGGGAACUGAUGAUUCGAACGAUGAAAUACAGAGAUACAUGCAUGGGCGCGGUUGCACCAAGCGCCAUACCGUCGGUUGCACCGAUGAUCUAUCCGCCGGCAAUGCGUCACCGAUGGAACCACCGCAGGCCCACUCUCCCGCACCCUCGUCCGGUGGCGGUGUUAGCGGAACGGCGGCUGGUGGUGGUGGUGGUGGAGGAGGAGGAGGCCGAACUCGACGUACCGGUCUGCUGACCGUCAUGGAACGUCCGCCCGUGAUAAGCCCGGACCUGAUACGGGAGGUGGAAGCGCGCAUGAACCGAGACUAUUUGCCACCUUCGCUGUUGUCGUCUGCGCCGGCCCCGUCGCCGGGUGCCGGACCCAACGGUAGCGGUCCGUCCGCACCGUCCGUCUCGAAGCACGAACCAGCCGGACCGUCGGUACUGUCGCCAGCGUCGAUACAGGCACCGCCCACCUUCCAGCAGCAUCCUGCGGCACAUUGCCAUUCGAGCCUGGCAGCAGGUGUGUUGGGUCCGGCCGGUCAGCCGGUUCCGACGCCACCGCCGGCCCAUCAGCAGCUGCAACAGCAGCCACCGCAGCAAACGGUGGUACAGUCGCAGAUCUGUAACAGACGGUACGCCACCCGCACAUGUAAGCUUCCGACGGUACAGGAAAUUGGCCGCUACAGUCCGGUACGCCGUGCGUCCGAAGGUUCCCGCAUAACGUCCCAGUUCCAGGGCCCGUUCCAGGAGUGUCAACAGCUGCAGAAAGGUUUGCACGCCGCCGCGAUAGCAGCCUCGCAGCAGCAGCGCAACAAUCUUCUCAUCACGCCCAGUCCUCCACUGGCGGACAAUUCCGUAAGCCUGCCCGGUUCACCGAUGCACUGCAAAGCGUUCGUGCAGGACGAUCGCACAACCUACCCGGACAUAACCGUACCGAACGAUGUGAUGCUUUCCCUUGUGCCGGGGCUGGAGAAGUUGGUGCAGGAGAACCGGCUGCCGAUCGAGGCGGCCAACAGCAUCCUGAACACACGCACAAUGCCGUACGAGGUCGGUCACCAGCUGGGGCUGGUGCGGGGCGGAACUGUUGGGACGGUGUUGACCGGUGGUGUUGGUGGUGGUGCGGGUAUGAUGGGUGGAACGCUGGAUGCAGGCCUGAAUCUGUUGCAGUUACAGCACAGCCAGAGUGUUUCACCGCUGAAUGCGACGCUACGGCAUGGUGGUGGUGGUGGUCUGGCUGGAUCUGGCUAUCCCAUGGCCGGACGGCCUACGGGCUUCCCGAUGGGAGGUAUGCAGCCGAGUUACGUAGGCGCGGGAGGAGGAGGUGCAGGGCCCACGUUCGGAGCGUUUGGCAAUAAUCCGUACGGGUUUCCGAAUCUGAUAGCCGGAAUGUCACCGGUGAAUGCUGCCUCCAGUACGGGAAUGUGCCAUCUGUCCGGUUUGGAGUACGCGGGUAGCAAUAGCAACAGUGGAUGCCCGUCGCCCGUUUACUAUGCCAGCGGCUGCUCCUCACCGAUCCUGCCCGGACCACCGGCCUCGAUCGUCAGUGGAUGCAGCGGGAACAUGGGCAGCGCCAGCGGGACUGGAUCGGCGAGUGGUGGAGCUGCAUCACCGAUGCAUCAGAUUACGCGUGGCCUCAGCACAUUGAACACGGGUGGUGGUGGUGGUGGUGGUGCGGGCAGUAUCACGAUGGCGGGUGGUUCCAUUACCCGUGGCACAUCGUCCGCCGCUGCAUCAUCCUUCCCGUCCGUCGCCUGUAACGAACCGCUCGAUCUAAGCAUGGACAUCGUGAACAGUGUGGAGAUUGAUUUUUCCGGCCGGAUAGUGGCGGGCUGCUACUCCGGCGCCACCACCCCGGUUAACUAUUUCGAUCCGAAGAACUACGGGCUGUUGCCACCGCCACCGCCGCAAACGAUGCGUAUCUCCGCCACGCCACCGACAUCGCCGAACAAUCUUUGCAUCAUACAGGAGGAACAUUCGACGGGCGCGUCGGGGUCGGCACCGUUCAAGAGCCAUUCGGCAAAUGCAUCGCCGGAAGAUCUUAGCUUCCAGCACACGCACCCACAGAUCUGUCUGACCGAUGUGCAGGGCAGCGAGAUCACGCUGGUGGCGCUGUCCGACUCCAGCCACGGCGACAGUGACGAUUCGCUCAACUGCCAGACGGGCAGCAGUGCGACGACGAGCGGGCUCGGCUUUUCGGGGCUGCUCAUCACGGAACCAGCGAGCGAUAUGCCUUCGAUAACGCGCGGUGUCGGGCGGAAGGCAAGCCUGGACACGGAGAACAACUCCACAGCGACAACCACCUCGGCCAAGCUCGAUGCGUCCGACAUGAGCGAAUCGUACGUGCGGCGGGGCAGUGACAAAUCGCUCGGCUUUAGCGAUGACAGCCUGAGCAACGAUUCGAACCACUCGAACCUUUCGCCCAGCCAGGAACCGUCGGCCGCCAGUUCGGGGUUCAAGAGUGCGGACUCGAACUCGGAGCAGGACGGUGCGCGCCUGAGUCCGGAUUCGCUGUGCGACAGCUCGAAGCACAGCUCGGACGAGUGUUACGAGUUGCCGCUGCCGCAGGAAUGUUCGUCGCUCGAUUCGGUGCGCAUACUGGAGAUGGUGAAGCGCACGCUAGACUCCACGAUGCCACCGAAGGGUUGCGUGUACGGUGUGGCGGGCGGGAGUGGAUACGGGGCCAGCAAAAUGGUCGGUGCAGAUCCGAAUAGUAGCAGAGCGGCUGGGACGGGCAUUGCGGGCGAUGAGGCUGGGGGAAGAUCGCAUCAGCUGACGGGUAACGGCGGUGAUGGCGCAAGCGGUCCAUCCAGUCGGAACGGUUCCGGUGCGGAUGCGCGCUCGAACCUUAGUCUGGAGUUUUCUGGCGGGCUGCAGAUCGAGCUGCAGGUGUACGAGGGCCGCAACAGCAAGGACAGCAAUACUAGCAAGGGCAUUAAGCUGCGGCGGAUCUCGGGCGAUCAGUACGAGUAUGGGAAGCUCUGCCAGCAGCUUAUCACCUCCCUGACGGUGUAGAGACGGAAUCGAGUGUUUAAGUUAAUGGAUUUUUAGUGAUUUUUUUUUCUACUUUCUUCUGUUAAAUGCAAUCUUUAGUACGAAUUAUCCGGAAAACGCAACAUGCGUUUAGCAGCAGCACACACACACACACACACUUCCGCCAAACAUGUUGCGGAUUGAUUGUAACAAUGUUUUAAUCUCACCGGGUUACGAUUAGUUCAAUUGUUCUCUUGUGGAAACAAGACUAAUGGUUAAGACGCGCCAGCCGAGGCCACCGUGCAGGAGUAGUAUUUGGUUCGUUAAUUUAUUAGGCUUAUCAUUUUAAACCCGAUUUCAGACCAAUUUUAUUGCUGCCUAAUGGGCCGGGACGAGCCCGAGACCAGCAGCACUAAUAGGUAUGCCUUAAUUUUGCCGCCGCGGGUUGACGAGGAUCGCCGUUCGCCUUUCUUUGCCCGUUCGCCCGCAUUCCCCGCAAAUAGUUCAGUAGCUAGAUUGUAUCCUUGCUCGUACGUGUAUAGUAUUGUUAAUGGUUAAGCAACGUGGUAGCAGCGUAUCGGUACGUACCGAUGACCGGGGCAGCAAGCGUGUGUGCUGGUGGACGACGACGGUGUGUUGCUCCCUUCUCAUGAGUGUCGCUAGCAAUAUUUUGGGGUAGCCGUUUCAGCAAAACCGAUGUGACCGUGUUGUUGAUUUGUUUAAACACACAAAACAAAACUCAUUAGAAAUUGGUUGAACCACACACGGGCUUAGUAAGGGAAGGGACAGGUUAGGCAAAUUUAGUUAUGACUUUCACCCUCAGCAGCAGCAAACCUUCUUGCGAGUAGACUGGCGUAGACAACCACUCAGUUGCAGCCGUUCGCUACUCUCGAAGACUCUUUACUCUAUCGGUUGAGGUUUGAUCGAUGCUCAGCUAUCUAAUAUGUUGUGUUCAAACGAGACAGCCGCAACGGUUGUGCUGCAUUCGUUGAUACAGAGACGUUCCAUUAUAGCAAAAGAAAGGUGCAAGUGUCCUACUACUACUUAUACUAUGUCGUGUCGUGUAUGAUCGGUUCUUCUGUAAGCUGUCGAACAAGUGUGCGUGUUUGCGUCUCAAGACGAGCCUUACCGCUCGUCGAUCGUUUUCUAUUUUCGUUGUUCGUUGUACGUUGUUCGCCGUAAAGUUUAGGGCUUAGAUAACUUAGGGCAAGACUAAAGGGGCGCGAAGCGAAGCACUAACUAUACAUUCGAAGAAGAACGGAUACACCGGUGCUGUUGUAAAUGCAGUCGGUGUGUGCGUGUGCGUGCGCGACAGAGAGAGGGAGAACAAGUAGCGAGAGAGAGAGAGGGAGAAAAAAAAGGGGAAACAAAUCCAUUCUGAUAACCGUGUGAUGUGAUGUGUCCUGGAUCACAAACUGAACCAAUAUGUGCAAUUUCUACAAGCGAAUACAUUCCAAAUGUUUGUGUGUGCGUGUGCGUGUUACAAUGAUGCUCGUGGUGUAGUGGUGGUGUUGAUUGAGUGAUGAUGCAAACUGAAGGAUCAAGGCGUUAAAGGAUAGUAAUUUAAAAUGCAAUCGAAAGAGAAGAUGUUAAGAGACAGAGACGGAGGACAAAAGCAAACGGACAUUCCUUAUUUAAGUGGCUUUUGCGUAAAAUCGUCAGUCCCCCUCCCCCGGACCAGGUGAUCCUUCUUAGGCUCAUGGGCCAAAUGACAUGAACCGGAUAUCCUUAAAUGUAGAAGCGAAAUCAUCAGGAACAUUAGAAUAUUUGGCGUCACUGCUGCCUACUAGUAGAGCAGCGGAAGUGUGUUUGAUACUACUUUUAAACGAGACGUCUUCUCUGUCACUAAUAACCAAGCUUGUACGACGAUUUCAACCCUGACCCCUUCAGCGUGGCGCUAUUGACGUAAGCCGAAUGAAACGAUCUAUGUCUGAGCAAUCUCUCAAAAUCGGGUUUAGAAUCCUCUCCUCUCAUGAGGGUUUCUUCUUUUCGAAUAUCCAUACCUUCGAGCAUAUUUCGUACCACUUUCUGAAAUGUGAGAGUCGAAUACCUUGGGUAACUGCGAAUCCUCAUCAACUGCAAUGAAGAAUGGCAAUUGGUCUACGAGUCGGGUAACGGCCUAUGGAAGCUCAGCUCUAUCAAAGAUUAUCUGAACUUUUUUUUAUAGCUGAAGGCGACCCUUAUUCACUUGUCGAACAAAGACGACUUCAAACCUCCUUCGAUCAAUCGGACCCAGCUACUAAGGGUAUCAGCUUUCCAUUUUCGAGUCCUUUCGGAAUUACCAGUUCUGUAUCGACGGUUGGCCGAAUUGGAUCAAGUAACUCUUCUUUAAAGCGGAGAGGGCAACAGCACACUAACUUGUGUCAGGGGAGCCCAGCACUCACUGAGGGCGAAGAGGCCGAAGAGUGCGAAGAGCUACUUCUUUGAAAUCGAAGAGCGCGCUCAGAGCCCUCAUUUUAUUCAAGAUUUCAUGAACAGAUCGUUUCCGGCGCAAGCGUCAUCGACGCCAUCUUGGCUUGCCAGAGGAUCAACGGGUCCUGCUUAACUGAUCCUAUGGAACGGGGUCUGACUACGAAGAAGUUUUCCUAUAAUCGCAAUCAAUGUAGUUGCUAUUGUGAUCUUUGGAUCCUCGGUGGCAGGAGCUUUCAGCAUGAGGAAGAUUAGUACUUAUCCCCCAUUUGUCACAUCAGUUCCUGCGCUUACUUCGCCUUGGGCUCCGGGUAGAGUACGAGACAUAUGCUCUUGCGCGUUGAGCUCUAGAUUUUCUUCGACCACCAAAUCCUUGUCAUAGACCGUUUCAAGGUUGAUACUUGGCCACUUUGUAUGUAUAGGAAUCCACUACAAAACCAGACAUCAUCAAACCACACUCAGAGCAAUCGGAGAAUCGGUGUUUGUGGGGCAACAUUGUAAAGCAUUAAGAAGAGAUUUAUAUAUUUAUUGAUGGGGGGGGGGGGGGGAGGAGGGGGUGUAGUCGUGUUGUGAGGAACUACACUAGUGUGCCCCUGGCUGAUGCUGAAAAGCUUUUCCAGCCAGCCACACCUCUAUUACCCUAUACUAAGCUGUGGUAAGUCGUAGCGAGCAACAACGCAUCAGCACAAAUCAACACUAAAAGUAAAACACUUACUAAAACAAGAUUAAGCAUUACAACAUGAACCAAUACACGUAAGCAAAAACCGUCUGUCUGUCUGUAAACCCCCCUCCCCCCGUAAAACUUUCGAUAGGGUAGUGUAGAAUAGCUAACAAAACAAAUCCGUAUCAGCCCGGCAGCGUCGAUUUAGAUGUCGUCCAAUGUCGUUGGCUGAGUUGCGUUACGGGGAGGAUCAAAAAGCAAAAGGCAAAGGAUAAAGUGCAAAUAGAUGUUGAUGAUGAUGGAGGGGAAACACUUCCCAGAUAUGUUCCGUGCGCAGUUGUGGACAAGGGCAAGCGAAUGGAAAGCAAAACCGUUUGGCUGCAGGAGGAGGCUGCACUGGAGGAGAAAACAAAAACAUUCGCAUGUAAGUGAUUAGGUUUAGCCUACAUAUAUUAUACAAAAUGCAUACUAAAAUAGCUCGAUAGUGGCUAGUAUUUCCAUAUUGAACUCUGUACUGCGUUUACUAUUUGACUACCAACUGAAAGCAAGAAAAAAAGACAGCCACCCAUAAAUGAUGGAUUAUGGUUAAAUUAGUAAGUAAAGGAAGCAAAAGCAAAACCGAGAGCAAAAACCACACAGAAAUACACCAACCAACCAACCAACCAGCGCCCGGAAACCGUAGAGCAGAAAGCGAAAGCAAGAAAUUUAAAAACUAAACUAAUAACGACGGACGGACGGACUUUAUCUGCAAACUCGCUAGCAACUCGCUACAGAAAAGUCGGCCCACAACUACUACUGCAUACAACAGCUAACUACUAAAUCGGAUUUCUCAAUACUUUGCGCAAACCGUAACCCCGCGCCACACGCAACCAGACAAGGCAGGCAGGCGAAGUGUAAGGGAGAAAGCAUUAGUUGUAGAAAGUAACCACAACACACCUGCAACAAAAGGAAAACAACUACACCCACAAAUCAAACCACAUACAAACAAACAGUUGAACAAGUUUAUCAUUAAAAGACUGCUGUGAUUUUAACGUAAUAAUGAAUAAAAAGAUAUAGAAAAAGUA